UCAGGGAAUCCAGCCCCGAAUUUUUUCUGGGUAACGGGCAGGCGAAAUAGGUCGACUGCACACGGUUUGACCGCUCCCUGGUCGGUCACCGUUUAGUGCCACAAGGGUCGGCAAGAUUACACUCGGUCCCUGGUCUGCCCAUGCGUAGAACCAUGGCCUCGAUGUUACCUUCAACAUUGGCCUUGCGCUGGGUGGACCUUUCGCGCCGGGCUAACGCGUGGAGUCACCUUGCUUUUCAAUCAACGAGACAGUCAACCUUUUGAGAGCGCCAUGUGCGUUCCAUGCUGGGCCUUUCGCUUUCGGGGUAUACGCACAUUCUCACCGAAAUCUCAUUCCUCGUAGCGUCACUCAUAUCCUCAGCAAACAAUGAAAACCACAUGCCAUGAAUGAACGAGCUCCGAAACGUACUCGCGUCGGUAGAGAAGAAGCUGCACUCGGGUAUCAGGCCAGAAGUCUCACUACCCACGGAAUCGGCUCCGUCCGACAACAAGAGACCGGACUCCCAGGCCGUCUCAGACGAGAGUAUAUUAACCGAGAAAAUCGACGGAAGUGAGAGAGAUGGGGCUCGGGUCGUCGACGGCGUGGUCACAAUCCAGCUUCUUGAGCAUCUCAUUGACAUGGCUGAUGGAAGGACUCUCAUGUCGUUAUUUUGCGAGUAUGACCCGUCCUCUGUCCUACAAUGUUCCGAGCCCAGCUACUACACCUUCCAAGAGAAGAUGCUGAUCUGUAUCGUCCAGUCUUGAAACCACAGUUCGUAGCUUCAUAUCGUCUCCAAUCCUCUCCAGUCAGCCCAUCUUGCAAAUAUUUA